GUUCUUAUGGCAAGAUGUCAAGAGUUACAAGUGAUCUAAUGCCACAGAGUUUGUAACAUGAUUUCAGUUCCUCCCCACUACAAACACCUUCGCUCAAAUGGCUGGCAGCGAUACGUUGUUUUGGGAUUCUGGAGGGAGAAUUGAAGUCAAAUUGAUACAUUAAGUUGGUAGUAGUCUGAUUUAAUCAUGAUGUAAUACAGUUAAUUAGUCUGUGAAAUCGUGUAAAUGCCCCUUAGAAGCUAGCCCUUAAUGAGUCUGUUAGAUUACAUUUUUCAUAAAGUAAGGGUCAUUGGAAAACGCGUCUUCUGUAAGGGGGUGUUUUGUAAGGAAGCGCGACGCUCGGUCUGAACAUUAACACGCAUUGUUUAAGGUAUGGUUCUGGAAGCAUACGGACCUUAUUUUUCAUAUCAGCGAGAAAUAUAUAUAUUUUUAGAGUUAAAUUGAUAAACACUUUUCUUAUAGGGAUAGGGUUUCCACGAGGCCAUAUGUCCAUGUUACAGCGCUCGUUUAAAGAAAUCGGAUGGAAGAUGGUGGACUAGCUGUGCUAAUUAGCUAUCGGCAUCUCCGAACACGUGUGUAAACGGAAGACCGAGACUCCACAAAGGUGUCACUGAAAAAUACUGUGUUAAAAAUGGCUUAAACCAUGUACAAUUAGGUCUACGGGGUUCAUCCCUUGAGCCUCCUCUCCCCAGUCUGCUGUAUCUGAUUGUGUGACACUUCUGGUGGGUCCACGUAGGGGGGGGGGGUGAUGUGUUCCAGUGGCGGUCCAGACAGCUCCGGCUAUGGGGGCAGCCGGUCCGGCUCCUCAUAUGCUCUGUGUGCCUUGGGGGUGGGGCUCAUAGCCCUGGGCAUCGUCAUGAUCGUGUGGACUGUGGUGCCCGGGGAUGCUCCCCAGACAACCAAGGCUCCGGGCAACUUCAGUGUUAUUGUACCAGUGGACCAUGCUGGGGAUGGAGAGAAGGACAGGGAAACAGCGAAGACCUCAUCAAUAGCCUAUGUGCUGGUGGGUGCGGGGGUGGCCAUGCUGCUGCUGUCCAUCUACCUGGGGGUGAGGAAUAAGAGGAGGGGGAGCCAAAGAGGACAGGAGACACAGGUCCCCUUUGUGGACCAUGUGGCUGGGGAUGCAAGAGAGAUUGCAGGGGAGCCAGCACCAGCCUACGAUGUGCCCAGCUAUGAGGAGGCGGUCACCAGUGGCCAGUACCCCAUACGCCAGAGCAACUUACGCCACAGCACCUCCCAGCUGCCUUCAUACGAAGACCUCAUCAGUGCUGUGGAAAACGAGGGGGAGGGACCAAGAGCAGUUACUUCAGAGGAGGUUCCUCCCACCACUCCGGCCCUGGAUCCCCAGCCCGCCCCCGUGACUGCAGCCAACCCCCCCACCCGCAGCAGCAGUCGGGCUAGACGGAUACUACGGCCGCUCAGGGUACGCAGAAUCAAGUCAGAGAAACUCCAUCUGAAGGACUUCCGUUUUAAGGUCCGCAACCCUACUGAUGUGAAGGUGACCAUUGAACCCAUCACGCCACCACCACAGUAUGACGACAAGAUGCCUGAGUUCUGACAGUGCCCUCGGGCAUGGAAGGACUACAAGCAUUGUUUUUCAAUGUUGAGUAAAACAACACUAUUGCUGGAUCAGAUGGACUAAUAAUAAAUACUAUUUUUGGAAAGCAGAACCAUUAUAACAGAUGCUUUGUGAAUAUAGGCCCUGAACUCACAUACCAUCUCAGAGUAGGAGUGUUGAUCUAGGAUCUGUCCAUGCAAUCUUAUUCAUUAUGAACUGAAAGGCAAAGCUGAUCCUAGUUCAGAUCUCCCACUCUGAGACACUUUGUGGAUACACGGGCCUUGAGUCCAGAGGCCUGGCUGGGAGUCUUCUUCCUUCACACUGAGACCAAGACACUGACAUUGUUGCUUUGAAUCAAGAUGUUUCUCUGCUCUUUCUUGACUUGUUUAUUGAAAUCUGUUUAAUGGCAUAUUUAUUCCAGGGCUUCUUUAUGUGCACUAUGCUAUCUGUUUAGAACACUGUGGCUGUGUUUUGAAGAUAAUUACCUAUCUUGUUCUUAUCUUGUGCACAAAUACAUCUUGACAUCCAGAAAAUGUCCUUAACCUUUUCAGAUGGAAUGCAUAAAAUGGUGUCAUAACAGUGCCUUGGUAAUUGUAUUGUAUCAGCAGAUGUGCCUUUUAGGAAACGAUCCAUGUCAUCAGUUUGUCCCACACAGUGAUUGCUCAUGGACUACUGGAAACAAAUGCCCUAUGAAAAUGGUAGUUUCAUGUCAGUCUAUACAAAGAAUGGCACAACUUUUGAGAAUGUGUUUUAUAGUACUACUAUGUAGAGGACAUGCUGAAGCCAAGGAAUAAUUAAAUACCUUUAUGUUGA